GUUGUUUUUUUUCAAAUGUUAAUUUUACAUUUGUUUGUUUUGUAAUAUGAGGGAAUUUUUAAAACAUGCUGAAAUUCUUACAAAACCUGUUUUAUGAUUGCCUCCUAUGCUCAGUGUAAAAUGCUAAAAAAAAAUUAUUGGCUAGAUAUUGACACGGAAUAAGGAAGUGAGGGUCUUACUAGAAGUGUAUAAAUGUUAAACCUCAAGGAAGUGUGUUGAUAUAAGAAAAAUAUUUUAUAUAAUUAUAGAUCACGGAAAUGUACUUUGGUUGUAUUAAAUGAUAUAUAAAAUAACGCGUUAGGCCCUACAUAAGUUUUCGGUUUUUGCAGUGGAUAGAAAAGAAAGCAGAAAAUGAAGCUCCCAGUGUUUAUCCUGUUGGUUAUGGUUUCAUGCUGCCUUGGUCACAAAGGGAGGAGUCGAGACAGAUACCGCUAUAGCAAGAACUACAGGUUUAGAAGACCGACAAUUUUCCCCAAUCCUUUUACAAGUACAAUGAUGCCGCCGACGACGACGAUGGAGCCACCACCAAUCAAGCCGAUCAGUUUCAAAGACACUGUUGAUUCCGCAAGAAUCGGUGUCAGAGUACCACCAAAGGAGUGUGUCAUAUCCUUUGAAGAUUUCGUACAGCAUGUUGUGAAUAUGGACUAUAUCUCGCCGUACGAUAUCGACAACGACAUGGUUCUCAACCCAGAAGUCACUCAUAAGUGGUCGCCUCGGUGGGAGUAUGUAAACGAAACAACUGUUCGAAGACUAGGAAGUUAUUGGGAUAAUCUGACGGGCAAAUGUACAUUCGCUGACGGACUGUUCAGUCGAGCUGAUGAAACAAAAGCAAUAUUUGGCGCAACCAGUGGCAGAUUUGCCAAUACUGGCAGAAGGGACUAUAUUCUAAGCUUCUCACCAUCAGAAUACAUUAUACAAUACGUUUGCUACGAUGGGAACAAGAUCAAUGAGUUCAGGUGUCCUAAUUCUGAGAUUCUACUUCUGUUCAAGGAGCAAAGAACAAACCCUCCAGACAGUGAUACAGGUAUAAUAUCUGGAGACAUUUGUCUGAACGAUAUACCGUGGCAGCUGGUUGAAUAUACCUGGAAAAAUUGUUUGGGGCAGCAGUUUGUAGACGAUACAGAACCACAAAUCAUGUGGCUUUGGGACAACGCAGGUGGCCCAACUGUUGAUUGUGCAAAGCCAGGAACUGAAGCCUUUCGGAGGGAGAUUGAAAAUGGAAAAUAGAUGUUCACGGAACAUUAGCCAGCACAGCAACUGUCAUUCCCGUCUUAGAUUUAAAUGUAUGACAUACAAGGAAAUAAAUGAUAGAUGAUA